AUGAUAGAUUCUUCUUCUCAAGGUUCAUCAACUCAAACAUCUACAAUCACUUGGAUAAAUUGGUUCACUUCUUAUCCUGGUCAUGAAUACUUUUGUGAGGUACACGAAGAGUUCAUAGAAGAUGAUUUCAAUCUGACUGGUCUACAAUCCAUGGUCCCAUUUUGGAAAGAAGCUUUAGAAAUGGUUAUUGAUAUCGAACCUGAAGAAGAUUCUUCAAAAAUACCAGAUGUAUCAAUCGUCGAAUCUAGUGCGGAAUUGUUGUAUGGUUUGGUACAUCAACGAUUUAUUUGUACCAAAGCUGGAUUGGCGGCUAUGGCGGAUAAAUACGAACAAGGUCAUUUCGGAGCAUGUCCAAGAGUAUUCUGUAUGGCCACACAUGUACUUCCUUGUGGUAGAAGUGAUAUGCCUGGGGUGGAUACUGUUAAAUUGUUUUGUCCGAAUUGUGGGGAUAUAUAUACACCUCCUAGUAGCAAGUAUGCCGGUGUUGAUGGUGCUUUCUUCGGUACUUCCUUCGCAGCCCUUUUCUUUCAAACAUACCCUGAAUUCCUAUCUGCACCAUUUUGUGUCCCACCACAACCUCCCACCACGGCCUCAUCAUAUCUUCCCAACACCAGUUCUUUAACUUCCCCUUCCCCAUCCCCAUCAGCACCUUCAUCAUCAAAAUCAAUUCGACGUAUGAACGAUUUAAUCUCACCGACCGGUGGUGAAACAUAUAUAAACCCUGAUCCUUAUGGAGGUCAAAAACCAGCUUUAGGGAAAAAGUAUCAAGCGAAGAUAUACGGUUUCAACGUUUCUGAAAGAGCUCAAAGUGGUCCUAGGAUGAAAUGGUUGAGAGAAAGACCAGAGAGAUAUUUAGAUUUAGAUAAAGUUGAUUGGAAAGGUCGUUGGAAAGGUACGAAUGUGAGUCAAGGUCAAGAUUUGGAUAUGGGGAUGGGAAUGGGAAUGGGGAUAAAAGAGUUGGAUGAGAAUGUUGGUAAAGGUAGAUUAUUCGAUGAUGAUGAAGAAGUUGAUGAUGAUGAUGAUGAAGAGGAAGAGGAUGAAGGUUUGGGAAGAGGUGUAGGGGUGAGAGGGUAG